AUGAAAUCUUGGGAGGCUGUGAGUGCCGAGAGUCGCGAACAUAUGUAUGAGGGAUAUCAGGGCGGUUGGUACACGGCCAAUACCCCGCUGGGUGUGCCGGUUUACGUAGAGCGUCUUGGCACGUUGGACGUCGAGAAGAUGCUCAAAACCGCGAGCGUGGAAGAUAUAGUAGGGCAAAGAAUGCGCAUGCAAGGGUACAUGAUUAAGACGUUGUUGCCAGAGAUGGCGAGACGCCCUGGAUCGAUCGCGCGAGAUAAAAUCGUGCACGUGAUCGACAUGAAGGGGGCGGGUUUGAGUCUCUUGUCGAGUCGCAACAUCGCCGUCUUCAAGCGUUUGCAAGAAGUUGAUGCAAAUUUCCCGGAGUUUCUCUAUCGCACGUACGUCGUCAAUGUACCGAUCGGUGCGCGAGUUGUUUGGUCCACAUUUUCUGCAAUUCUACCAAGUCGAGUGCGAGCGAAAGUUCGAAUAUUAGGUUCGGUCAAGCGUGGUAACUUGACCAAGCUCGCCGCCAUCAUGGGAGGCGUCGAUCGCGUACCAGAAUUUUUGGGAGGCAACUGCAAGCGCAAGCUCAACGAGUGUCCGCCUUGGAGUCUGCAACACAUGAACGAUACUACGUUCGUCCCGUGGGAAAAGAAUGUGUCUCUCACGAAGCUCGCGGUGUCCACGCCGUUAUCGCCCAACUCGUUCUCGCGGGCACACGCCAGCCCACGUGGCGCAGACGACGAUGCCAUUUCGUAUAAAACACCGCGUUCCGCGUCCAUGGCUACCCCGACAAGCGUAAAGAAGAGCAACAGUGCUGUGAAGCGUUUGUUCUCGCUCAAGUCUCCGGGUAAGAGCGCGUAG